CCUCUCCAACCUUCUCUUCUCUCUCUCUCCUCCGUCCCCUUCCCUCCUCCCAUCUGACGCGCGGGGCCCACCCGUCAAUCUCCGUCGCCCUCCCCCGCCGCCGCCGCUCGCCGGACGGCAGGGCCCGGCCGCGAGGGUUCCCGCGGAUUCUCCACGCCUGCCUCCCGCCUCUUCCGCCGCAGCCGUCGCCGAUCCGGGCCGAUCGCGGCGUCCGUCCGUCUCUAGGGUUUCGCUCCUCGCGGCCCCUCCGAGGCCGUCCGAGAGAUCCCGAUCUCCCUGGCCUGGACGCGCCAGGCUCACGUCCCGGCGAUCGGCGACGCUCGAUUCGGACCCCCGGCGAGGGGCGCAAGCUCGCGGGGAGGGGCCAUGGCCUCGAGCCUGCUCACCACAGACAAGAGAUGGGCUGCUCCUACAAGGAAAUCUGGCAUGACUGUUCUUGGAAAAAUCCCAAAGCCCAUUAAUUUGCCAAGUCAGAGGUUGGAAAAUCAAGGUCUUGACCCCAAUGUGGAAAUCGUUCCAAAGGGCACCCUCACAUGGGGCAGCAAACCAGGACCUACAACACCAAAUGCAUGGAAUUCCUCGUCACUUCUAUCUCCCAAGAAGGAUGGAAAUUCUGGUGCACCAAGCCAAUUCAAUGGCCGCCCCUCUUCCGGUGGAGGUUCAAGGCCCUCAACAGCUGGAAGUGAAUCUCUUGACUCUCCUAAUGCUUGGGGUCCAAAUUCUCGGCCGUCCUCAGCUUCUGGCACAUUACCAUCACAAAAUGUACCAGUGGUCACAAAUCGUCCUCGAAGUGCAGAGACAAGACCAGGAAGCUCACAGCUUUCUCGGUUUGCAGAUAACCCCUCAGAUAAUAUGAAUGUAUCGAUAAGGACUGUUGACAGAUUGGGAUCUUCACAUGGGCAUGCGUUUACUCUAAGUACCGGUGAUUUCCCAACACUUGGUUCUGAGAAAAUCUCUGAAUCAAACAGUCAACGAGGUCAUAGUUCAAAAGGGCGCCCAACUUCUAGUUCUGGCAAAGAUGGAACCCAAAAUGAUACGGGGAAGAGCCUGCCUGCUGGAUCUGGCGAAGUAGUUCGACCACCUAAUAAUCAACCAGCAGAUAUCAUGAAGACAGAUCAGCAGGCACAUGAUGGAAGUGCUCCCUUUCCUGCCACAGGUCCUCCAAAUGAUGCUCAGCAGCCACAGCCAUACCCUCCUAACUACUGUAUGCCCCCUCCGCAGUUUGAUUCAUGGCGUGCACCUCCUGGCCACCCACCUGAGGGAAUGUGGCAUAGAGGACCAGGUGGCCCAUACAGACCAGUUGGUCCCUCUAGCAAUUUCCCUGUGGAACCAUUCCCUUAUUAUGGUCAGUUCCCACCCAACUCAGAAGCAGCAGCAAGGCAGGGCUCAGGGCAUGGUGGAUAUCACUCGAAAAAUGCCGAUGCAUAUCAUUCUAUGACUCCUAAUUCGUAUGUUAUGAAUCAGCCUGUUAUUCCAGUCAGGCCAGUUUACCAGGGCCCAAUCCCUUAUGAUGGAUAUUAUGCUCCUCAACGGCCAAAUUUCAAUAAUGCCAAUGUAAGAGAUUCACCAUUCCUUGGAGGCCCUCAUCAACCAGGAAUAUUGAAUCAAUUUCCCAAUCAGAAUGAGAAAUUCCAGCCUGGACAUUCUCCGAGCAGAGCAGUCAAACACGAAGCAAGUCCCAAGGAGCUCUCCGAAUCUGAUAGAGUACAGUUGAUCUGUCGAGGACAAACUAGGAUUUUGCAUGAUAACCCUGAUCGUUUAGUGGGUCCUGGUGAAGUUGAAAGGAAGAGUCAGCCUGCACCACCACUUCUUCCACAUCCAGAUGGAAAUCGAAACGAUGUAAACACAAAGGCAGAUACAAGGAAUACCCCUAGUGAAAGGAACAUGGUGCUUAUGAAGUCAGUGCAUGAUAACAGAGGUCCUAAUCGUACAAGCCAUUCGUCUGUUUUGGAAAAUGCACAUUCCCAUCCCAGGGAAACUGAUGAUGGUGCCCACCUGAAAAAGUUGAAGGAGGAUAAUCUUCCGCUUGAUCAGCAACCUAUCAUUAAGAAGAAUGCAGCUUUGAUAGAGAAAAUAGGGAGUUUGAACAACAAAGCUAGAAAUGUUGAUGCACGUAAUGUUGCAGAAGCAUUUUCAAACAAGGAAAUCAAAGAGAAGCAGCUAAAAAAUGCUGAUUCAAAAGCAGAUCGGGUGAUAAAAGAUGUUCCAUGUACUCCUGCUAUCACUGCUUUUGCUUCUGCUUCUGGUCAGGCAGGAUGUGUUUCUCCUCGUUCUCCUGUGGUACAGAAACUGCAGAAGGGACCUAAUGAUGGCGGGGUUGUUGGACCGCUACACUCACAUUUUGCUGAAGCCAGCAAGUCUGGAAAGCUGGGUGUAUCAACUCAUGAUCGCACACAUAGGCGGGUUGAUUCUUCAAGAAAUAGCCACCAUGGUCCUGCUAAAGACAUGCUUCCCAACAAUACUACAGGACAUGGGCGGGGAGAAAUUUAUGCAACUGAAUCUUUGCCAGUAGUUCAAGUGAGGAAUAGUCAGCAUGACCAGCCUCUGGAGCAUGUUUCGCAGCUGCCACCUGAUGAUAUGCCAGCUUCACCCGAUUAUGAAUCUCAGCGUGUAAAAAUGAGGGAGUUGGCUGUACAGCGUGCCAAACAAUUGCAAGCUGAGGAAGAAGAACGGACAAAGCGACAAAAGGCAAAAGCUCUUGCAAAAUUGGAGGAGCUGAACAAGCGUUCAUCAGUACAUCAGAAGGAUUCCAGUGAUCCACCACCAGAAAAUGACAACGUGUGUAAUGAGCAAAAGGCUGGAGUUGAUGGGACUACUGAACCUGCGUCUUCAACUGCUGAAUCACAUGAUGUUACUUUAUUGGAUAAUGUUAGUAUUCUUCAGCCACCGAAUGAACCCAAGGAUACUGCAGUUCCUGCACAGCCCAUGUCUACUCUACUACAUGCUGAGGGUACAGGUAAAGAUGCUUCUGGUCAUAACACUUCAACCUCAGGCAUGAACAAACAGAGCAACAUGACGGAGCAUAUAGCACAUAAAAGUAUAUCACUGUCACAUGAUGUCAGUGUUCCAAAGCCUAGGCAGGGCAACAGAAAAAGGCAUGCUGUUUCAGAGGAUAAAAUUCCUGGUGAGAAUUCAAGUGUGACAGUAAACACAGAAAAUGUUAAGAAAGCUGUUGAGGUUUCUUUGGACACAUCAACUGCUGUUGUUACAUCACAUGAUCCGCCAGCCCACAGCAAGAAGAGUGCCAGGAACUCGAGAAAUAAGAAAAAAAUUGAUGAUGCUCCUGCUACUUCCAAAUAUCCACCCAUGGUUCUUGGUCAGCAGAAUACACCAAGCAUCUCCAGUGUGCCAAAAAUAAAAACCGCUGGCGUUAUCAUUAGUAGUUCUAUACUUCCUGCUGAAAACACCGUGCUUACUGUUGGAAGUAUAACUGUGGGUGGUAUUUCAUUUGGAUCUUUCAACCAGGAGCGCCUGAAAUUACCAGAGGAAGCUCAGAGCACUGCAAAUAGCCGCCCAAAACCUCAGCAAUCAAAAGGAUCAAAAAAGAUUCAACAUGCUAUCCGACCUGUCGAGAAGCCACAUGGGAAUGAGAGUGUUGUCUGGGCACCAGUUAAGCCAUCAGGGUGGAAUGAACCAUCUGAGGAAGCUAAUGCAGCAGUAGCAGCCAGGCCUAAGCCAAUUGGAAAGGGCACCACUGAUGGGGAGAAUGUCACACGAACUAAGAGAGCUGAAAUGGAAAGAUAUGUGCCUAAGCCACUGUCCAAAGAGCUUCAACAGCAGAAUUUGGAACAAAAUUUACCUGUAGAAAAAUCCUCUGUGGAGAACAAGAGUAAUGAUAAUGAGAAGUUAACCGCUGCUAAAGAGCCCAAGAAAUGGGAGGACAGAAAAACUAGUAAAGGGCAUGGGAAGUCUCAUUCUUCUUGGCGCAGAAGGAAUACAGAUGACUCAUCUUCGGUGGUACCAAUACCUUCUGAGCGAGCAGACAGCUAUCAAGAAUCACACGAAGUUCAGAGGCCUUCUGACAAGCAUUGGCAGCUUGAACCUGACAAGCAAGCAGAUUAUGCUGCCGGGAAUAGUUUGGCUCCAGCUGAAGCAGUUGAGUUACCUGCCAGUGCCGCAAAAGAACAUGCUGCAGCUAACAGGCAAAGGAGGCAGCAUGUUAAGGGCCCAAAAAACGAGGCAAGUAACUACUCAAAUGAGAACAGAGAUGGCAGGAAAGAUGUGAAUCACAUGUCAACACGUGGAAUGGAUGCAAACUCUUCUGAACAUAGAAACAUGUCAAAACCUGAGGUGAAGAGCAGCGCAGGACACUCUAGAGCACACUGGAAACCAAAAUCUUCACAUUCCCAGAAUAACUCACAGGGCAAUAAUACCACUGAAGGUCAGGUGGACAGUGCUACUCUGCAAGACAGCAGCAAUCGUGAUAGUAAUCAAGGUAAAGGUGACAUGACAAAUGUGGAUGAGAACCAGAAGGGCGAGAGUCAUGAAAAUGCAGAACAGCAGCAGCUUAAUCAUGCAACCCGUCGCCAGGGACAGCACAACGGGAGGUAUCACAGGGGAAGCAGCGCGCACAGGGGAAGGGGUUAUGAUGCUGGGCAGCCAAGCCAUGGCGCAAAUGCAGAAAGGCGGAGGGGUAGCACUCAUCUUGAAUACCAGCCAGUUGGUUCCAACAAACCCUCAGACUUCCAGCAGAACCCAAGUGCCGAUGAACAAAGUGCAGGGCCUCCAGCUCCAGGACCGGUGUACAGGGAGCGCGGCCACAACAGGGGCCACCGCCCGCCUGGUGGUCACUUUGUCAAGCGGAAUCCUGCCCCUGCCCCAGCCCCAGCCCCGGCUCCAGCUCCUAAUUCUUACCGAGAAGAAUGAUCUUCCCUUGCCCCCAUGAUUGUUGAGAUUUAGGAAUGUCGAGUCAUUCACAACAGAGGCCAGCAGGUUGAAUGUUUCUCGGCAGUGGUGUGGCGGUCGUCGGUCCGGGUCAUCAGUAGGUUGUAAUGUUUUUUUUGUUCUCAGGGCUUUUGGGCCUUAGCGUGUGAUUGUUAAUUUUUCCGAAGGACAUCCCUUGCUUCGGUGAGAUGUGAUGCUUUAAUUGUACUAACGGAGUUGAUUAAGUACUGGGACGCGAAAAUGCUAGUAGUGUUUGCUAACGGGAACAGAAGCGUUGUUUUUUUACUUAUUUGUUGGUAUUCGGUACAUGAAAGUUGGUGUCAUGUUGUGUUUCCGUUGACUGGAAGAUAGGUUUGUCAGGAAUAAUUGACUUCUUUUGUACAAUAUGGUUACAACGAAGGCCCUUGUACGA